AAGGCAAGGUCAGUAUUUGUUACAGUAUCCGCAGCACGGCGCUGCUAGGUGCGAUGACCUCUUCACGUGGUGGUGGUGGUGGUGAAGGCUAAGUUGCAAGCGGUAAGAAAGCCAAUCCGGACGUCAGUCGUGCUGGUAACGGAUACCUGGCCUGACAGUCCCAUGUGUGCUCCUGAGGUGUGCGCGAGUGACUGUAAAAUGCUAACGACUCGGUAACCGUACAUCGCCUGCACCAUGAGGAAGUAUCUUUCGGUAAAGGUCGUGAUGAGGACUUCAACAUGGCUGCUGGGUGUGAUACUGCUCGUGGCACAUUCAUCCACGGCACAAUGUCCUUGGCACCGUGACAUCAAGGAACUACAAUCUUCCUGCAUCUGCGCGUACAACUUGGGACAAGAACUUUCAGUGCAGUGCGAUAUGGUGGACUUCUCACUUUUACUGAGCGCGUUGGAUACGUAUGCCAGAACCACUCCAUUAGACUUGCUUUAUGUCAAUAACAGCACAGUUAUAAGACUGGAAAACGGUGCUUUUAAAAACCUGAGACUUAAUAACGUCCAGUUAUCAGGGUGCAAAAUUCGUACCAUCGUACCUGGUGCAUUCAGUAGCCAGGAAGCUACGCUUAGGAACCUUAAUCUUCAAGACAACGAACUGGAGGAAGUUCCUGUGGAAAGCCUCCGACUUCUAUCAAAUCUUUCUUUACUCGAUCUGUCGCGUAAUCACAUAGGAAGGAUACCCGACGAAGCAUUCGUCACUCUUCACGGUCUUUCAACGCUAAAACUCUCGGACAACAACCUCACGCUAUCGCCUGGGGCUUUCAGAGGUCUUGAAGACUCACUCAAAAACCUCAAUUUGAAAGGAACGAGGCAAAAGCGCAUACCGGAAGCAGUGCGUGGAUUAAGAACUUUGGCGUUUUUAGAUCUAGCUCAAAAUGGACUCCGGGAACUACCGGGGCCCGGUAUACGUCUCUUGGAAGACCUGCAUUCCCUAACUGCCCUCAACAUGGAACGCAACUUGAUCCAGGGCGUCAAUGCCGAUGCGUUCAGCGGUGUGAACGAUACGCUGAGCUCCCUGAGUCUUCUGAACAAUCUCAUGACUGACUUCCCAACGGCGGCCAUCAAUAGCCUCACCGAGUUACGGGUACUCGACAUUGGUUUCAACUUGCUAACGGAGCUGCCGGGAGACGCAUUUUUUGGAACUCCUUCGCUAACUCUGCUAGCCCUGGAUGGGAAUCCCUUAACAACCGUCCCUGAGUUAGCACUGGCUCAUCUCAACACUACAUUAAGAGGAUUAAGCCUUGGAGGACGCUUUUUGCAUUGCGACUGCAGGUUACGAUGGGUGACAGAAUGGAUAAGACGAAGUGAUCUCCAGGUUACCAGCCGUGAGCGCAAUCCCCAGUUCUGUGGAAGUCCUACAAGACUGAAGGAUCGAGGUUUCUACACUAUUCAGCCAGAUGAACUUACAUGUGGAAUAGCCAAUGACCUGGAAAAUAUUGCAGCUAUUCAAAAUGAAGCAGGAAACAAGAAACCACCAAAAAGGGAUGAAGAAGUAAGUGAGGAAGAAGAAAAUCAUUCAGUAUUUGUGCCCCCUACAUCACGCUUGAAACCCACAACUCCUAAGUCUACCACUACAAUCAGCACAACAGUAACUACGACCACAACUCCUCCAUCUUCAACAACUACAAUUCAAACCACAACUACGCACGUACCAAGACCUGUGACCAUUCCAAGCACGAUUAAAACAACACCGAAACCCCCCCUCACGACCACACGUGGAACAACCUCAACUACCACGACGUCACGGCCUACAACCACCACACGACGAGGGAAUGUUGUGGUGUCAAGGACCACUGUUCCUCCGUGGCGUGGAAACAAUUCUCAGCAGAGACCACCAGUUGUCCUAGGGUUUCCAUCACACUCUGGCAAACACGAAGAAGUUCAGGAAGUCAUGGUUCGUAAUGCCUAUCGUCAGGAUAACUCAGUCAUCAUUCAGUGGGAUUCUGAAACUGCAAACAUACUUGGAUUCCGUGUCGUAUACAGAUUGUUUGGUGAUAAGAGUUUUAAGCAGGGACCUCCUCUUGAAGCCAGUGAAAGAGAAUUCAAGAUUAAAAAUGUGCCAGCUCAGGAAUGCAUUGUGGUCUGUGUCAUUUCCUUAGAGGAUGUAGUCGUGACUCCAGAAACAGUGCCGUAUAAUCAAUGCCGUGAGGUUCGCACAGUAACUUCCCCAUCCAGCAACAUGGACAAAAUAACCAUUGCGGCUAGUGCUGCUAUCUGUGGUACUGUUGUAAUAGCUGUCAUAGUGUUUGUGGCUGCAAGUCGUCGCAGGUCUCGGAAACUCCAUACAUUGCAACAACACGAGACUAAAGGCGGGAUUCCUGUGGGUGGAUUGCCAGUAACUUGCUGCACAGGAAUGGGGCCUACUCCUAGUCCUGGAGGGCCACUGUCAUCACUUGCGACACUCAGUGCCUUUACAACACAUAAAGAUUGGGAUCAGGUUUCCAUGUAUAGCAAUCGCAGUAUCCCAAGGCCACGGGUGUACCAUAUGGACAGACAGGGUUCCGUCAACAUGGGAUGCACUGCCGAUGACAUGCAUUCGCAUGCAUCUCACCUCAGCAGCAAGGGAGUAAAGACCAGGUCCAUAGCUGAUGGACAGUCACAACACAGUUUUUCAAACCAUUCUGGCAGAUACCUAUCAGGGAAUUCCUAUGCUGCUGGGCUUGUCAACUCUCGACCAGAACUACGACAAUCCCGGCAGUCUCUUGCAGCCACCUCGGAUCAUCUAUCUCGCAUGAGUUAUCCUGCCAGUCAUCAACACCAUCAACCCUCUGUAACCUCUUCUCGUCGACAACGUCCUCGGUCCCGCACCAGGGAUCACCAGUCUGGACUACAGAGACCUGGUAGUCGCUACAGUACAGCUGGCUCCACACACACACUAAACAAUUACUGUGACACCUCUGACAACUGGACUGAUCACGAUAUGGACAUCUACAUGGCACGCAAUCCAACCACACGAGGAGGGCUUGUACCACUGUAAAACUCUCGUAACUUAAAUGUAAGUUAACACAGGCUAAUAUUGUGCUCUUACAUGACAUGAAAUGCAAGAGAUAGCAUCUGUUUCUCAUGAUUCCACAUGAAGGUUAUGGCAUAUGACAGAAGAAAACACAAUCAUACAAACUACAGAAAACGCAGAUGAAACUGUAGUCAACAUAAUGCAUAACAAAAUGAGCCUCCAUUUUCAAGUACAAUAUGACCUCAGACUGACUAGGAUCAAAUAUAUUCUUUACCAAUAAAUGAUCCAGAUAAUCUUUAGUUGAACUGUCAAGUAGGUCUGACAUAGAUUGGUAUAAAAUCAGAUACUGUAUGAUUAUGAAACACUUUUUAAGUUAAUAACAGCAUGCUGAGACAUCACUUUUAUAUGUAAUUACACAUAAAGUGCACUCAGACUGAAAAGAUCUGCAUCAGAGACUGCCUGAGUGCACAAAACUUCAUGAAACGAGUAUAAGCAAUGAAGGAAGGAAAAACCAAAGCUGUCCUUUAGUGCUGUAGUUCAUCUCCUGAAAAGCCUGCAUAAGCACGAUGCAGUAAAUGUGACUGUUGCACAAGGCUUGGCCCAAAGGUUCAAUGAAUAACACAACAGACAUGUGAGAAUGGUAAAAUUGUGUUAAGCAGUGUGUGUUAUGGAAAUCCUUAUGUGUGUGUUUAUGGUGUCUCAACUGGCUAGCAGUUGCAUUGUAAGGCUGAUCUGUGUCAGAAACUGUUUGUUGCAUUCAGCAUGUGUGCAAAAUUACAAAAAUUGUGCAAUAAACAAAUAUGGACACAAAGAUCCCAAAGGUAAGCACCCGCAUUACCGACACCAAAUAAGGCACAUCAGUCGAGACUGUGAGCGAAUGUUAUAUUAAUUGUGUUCUUGGACAUGGAAAGAGUUGUUCAUUCUGAAUUUGUUCCUCAAUGCCAAACAGUUAAUUCUGCAUUUCAUGAAGAAAACUUGCAAUAUUUGAGUGAGGUCAUCUAAUGGAAAAAACCUAGAAAAUGGUGGAACAGUUGGAUGUUCCAGCAUGACAAUGUGUCCUACCAGCCUCCUCUCUUGACCUGUCACCAUGGCUUCUAACUAUUCUACAGAUUCAUGGAAACAAGGAAAGGGAAGCAAUUUGACAUAACUGAAGAUAUAAUUUCCAACAUGACAAACAAUCUGUGGAUGAUUCUUCAUCAUGAGAAGACUUCCAGAAAUGUUUCCAACAGUGGCAGGAGUGAUGGAAGAAGACUCUGUGUGUUUGUGUGUGUCAGAGGGGAGUAAUUUCAAGGGGAACAAAACAUGUAUUUGCUCAUUCACCACACAUUUUACUCAUGCCUUGUAUUGCAUCCACAUCCCUUUAAAACUGAACAGGCAAAUAUUUAUGAUAAUUUGAAUGACUGUUAAGUUACAAUAGUUCCACUCAUAAUAAUUUUUAGAUACAAAACAUGCAAAGGAUAUCUACAAAUCAAACAAUCCAUGCACAGAUAAUAAAAAACAUAGUGUACUACUUAUGAUUCUCAAUGUAAAUAAACAUAUUCCAACCCUUAGCUCGAAAGAGGAAACUAAGUAAUAUAAUGCUACUCUGAAAUGUGUACAUUAAAACAAAAUCAAUGAAGCUGUAUAAACAAUUUUUGGUUCACAAUGCAUCUUCUUACUAAGUGGACUCAUAUGUGAAAUGCUGGUUCAUGAUGAAAUAUGAUAUAAUUAGGUAUGCACAUUAAUGUGGCACACAUCUUGGACAUUCCAAGUGUUCUGAAUAAUAUUAAAGUAACAAAAUAAAGGAAAAUCAUUGUAAGAAUGAAAGUAUAGAUCUCAUAGGCUUCACACAUAAGGGUUUUCAAUAUUAGAUUCCUUACUGCUCACAAUUAUUUGUAAGCCUUACACCUUUAUAUUACAAUUAAAUGAACAGAUAUAUCACAAACUGCAGCUGGAAAUGGAAAUGUCAUCACCUAUAAUUAUGCAACUAAAAAAGUGUUACUGUUGAAUAACAAAUGUGGAACAACACAAGCAUAGUGUAGUAGCUCACACGAUAAACACAAUCAUGUCAGUUCUAGCAUAAAAGAAAGUGCUUUCAAUGAUCACUCAGCAGUAAUAACUAAAGAAAAGUAUUUUUAGUUGUGACAAUAUUCUCAUUGUUUGUGAUAUCUGAAAUGGCAGACAUACUUUCACUAAACUAACUUCAUGGAGCAAAGUCCUUCUUGAAACUCUAAUAGUCGCUCAGCUAGUCAAAUAAUUCCUCAUCUUUUAUAGAAUCCAGUGCUUCAUUUUUUACAAUGACCUGCAGAUGAAUCCAAUUCAUAACUUCCCAUCAAAUUUCUCUAAGAUCCCUUUUAAUUACAUCCUCCCAUCUAUGUCCAGGUCUUCCAAGUUACUCUUUACCAAAUCUCUGUAUGCAUUUCUUAUCUGUCCAUGUGUAUUUUUUCCCCACCCAACCAUCUAUCUGAUCUGCUCAUCCCAACAAUACAUAUUUGUGUUGUCUUGCCAAAAGAUAAUUCUAUAGAACAAACUGCAAUUGCACAUUAAUGCUUUAAAUCAUUUAACAGUACCUCAUGCUCUUUUGGUAAGUCCUUCAUAAAGGCAACCACCCAAACCAACAAUGACCUACCAGUGCAAUCACCUAAGUAUCAACUUAUAAUAACAAUCAUAAUAAUACAACACCCUGUGCUCUUAAUAUCAAGGACUGCAUAAUUUCCAUUAGUUUUGUCCCUAUAAAUUAUUAACUCCUGUUCAUUUGUUAUUGAAAGAAUCUUUCACUUAGGCUGCAACAGUAAUGCUAUUUCCUAAGAAAUGAGUAACAAAAUUCAAAGGUAAGCUCCUCCUUUUCAUUUCUACAUUGAAUUUCACAGAUGGCACUUGAAUAACAUCACUUCCUAGAGUCCUGUACUAUUAUACUAAAUUUUAAAAAAUCACACUUCUGUCAUGAAGUUUAGAGAUAGUGGAUGCUUAAUGAGCAGUGAGUUGGAGAAUAAAAUUAGCUAUCUGGACGGCUUUAAGGUAUUUGAAACAAAAAUCAAGUUUUAUCAGGAAAAUCAUAAAGAACAGGUCUGUUAUUGGCUCAGUAACAAGUUAUAAAAUUGGAAGCUAACAUUUUAUCGCAUAAACAAUCAAAUUUGGGAAAAGUGUUAUGAAAGUUCCAUGUGUACAAUAUUGUGUGAUGCAUCAUGUAAUGUCUUACUGAUGUAAACGCACCUAAGAAGUAGACCCUCUCUAGAACGCCAUGUAAAUUAAUACAUUAUCAAACAACACACAAUCAAAUUCAGCAUUGUAACAAAUAUGACAUACUUUGAAACAUAAAUAUUCAGUUUUAAAAAUGUAAUUUUGCAUAACACAAAAUGCAAAUAUGUACAUAUUGUAAAAUGCAUACUGUAUUGUGCACCGACAUUACAUAUAAAGAUUUAUUACUUUUUAUCA